AUGAAGAAAAUUUGUUUUUAUCUUUUAGUGUACUAUUUACAUUUCUGCCGUUGUAUGUCUCAAAUUGGGCCUGAUCCAUGGGAUUAUGAAUCGAAUAAAUUGUCCGACAAAUUACCAGACGAUACUGUAGUGCCACCAGACCUACGAGCAAUACCAAAACAUAUUUUGAAUUCAGAAAACAAGUCUGGAAUGAGCGAAUGGUUUUAUAGAAGAAUAUUAGCUAUUGUACUUAAAGCUGGUCAAAUAAAGAAAAAUGAUGAUGAUUCAAUUGAUGUCUCAUUACAAAUGAAAUUUGAUCAGGAACGUUGGAUGUUAUUGAAUGAUUAUAUAACAUCAAACAAACAAUUUACUGAGGAUAUGUUUCGACGUUCUGUAGGAUACAUUGAGGACUCAAUAUAUAAACCCAGUAUAACAGAAAAAAUUGUUAUGGCAUGGGAUGAAUAUAUUCAUUUUUAUUUAGUACAAUAUAAGACACAAAUCACAUGGAUACUUACUGUUUUAGCAAUAAAAAUCGGAUUAAUUUGGCUUUGGAGUCAUAUGUCACAUAAACACAUAAUAAUUAUCUCUGUUCUACUAUUAUACUUAUAUGAAGUAUUUAUUUCUUAUAAGGAAGCUGAAAAACAGGAAGUGGAGAGGUUUCUAUCAGCCGUUCAUACCUGUAAAUGGUAUAUAUGGUCAUCAAACUGUGAAGUACCACCUCCCGAUCCUCUUAUCUUCUUGAAGCAUAUGAAUCCUCUGAAGAUUGGAAUAAGAAUGUUCACCACAUUGAUAUCAGAACCAAUAUUAACGAUAAGUGAUUGUAUGAAAACAAUAACACAUGGGAUCACUGAUGGUCUUUGGUUUCCUCUCGACAAAAUAAUGUUUGGACUCCUGAUAGUAAUAUUCAACACAUUACUGAUAUUCCUUUUAAUAAUGAUAAUGUUCAAUUUUAUACUUAACAUACCUUUUAACCUUAGUUUUUUGGGUUUGAUAAGCAUUGGAUUGAAACAACGCAACAGAACAUUUAUGAACACGAACGAAAGUCAGCCGUCUGUUAAUGAAACUAACGAUAGGAUAAGUGGGGCGACAUUGGAUAGACUUCUAGACGUAUGUUCACGUGCUCUUUCUACAGCACAAGCAUCACAAAACAGAAAUAACAGGUUACAACUGCAUUCAACAAGAACUACAAAUUUACGAAGGUCAGCUAGCACCGGCAGGCUCCCAAAUUUCCCACAUGAGCCAUUACUAAAUAACAACAGGCUACCACUGGAAAGUAUGCUUGGGAAGAGCAAUUUAAUAAGACGAGGGAAUGGAAGUGGUGACGCGUAA